AUGAUUGAAGAAGAUGAGAAGAAAGGACAUGGAAGUCAAGAUGAUAAGCAAAGUGAUGAUAGCAAUUUGAGUUCCCCUGCUCCUCUAGGAAAUGAGUCAAAGGAUCCAUCUGCUGCUCUGGUGAAUGACACUGCUGAAGAGAUAUCGGAUCUUGUUACUCAGAGACUAGGAGCAGAAAAUGGAAAUGGUGACAAGAAGUUUAUUGUGGAGAAACCGCUCAUAUCCUCUUCUCCGGAUCCUUGUGUUAAGGAGAUCGCUCUUGUUGUCAAUCCUGUUUCCAAAGUAGUGAUUUCUGAAAAGAGUGGGCAUUCUGAGACCUCAACACACUCGAAAGAGUAUCCAUCUACGGGACUGGAGAAAGGUAAUGGUGAGGUGGCUUUUCUUCCUGGUUAUGCUGCUUUAACAAGCAGAAAAGUGGAGAGUUCUGAAGUUCCAGUAUCCUCUGAGAUGAAGUGUUUGAGGUAG